AGGAGAAGAGGCGAUGGAGAAGGUGGGGCAAUGUCCUCUUUGGGUGGCAGUUCAUUCACAAAAACUGAGCUGCCCUGCAGAGACCAAGAUGAAUCCCAGUCAGAGUCAGAAGCAAGAGGCCAUCUACUGUCAGAUCCCAGCCUUACUUCUGUGUUUUCUUUCAAAUCAGGUUCAAAAUUGAAACGUGUAACCCCAAAGAAAUAUCACAUUCGAGACACAAACCAACAGGUGCUGGUCUUGCAUGGCAACAUCCUUGUGGCAGUUCCAGACAAAUUCUACCAAACUGGAGAAAACGAACAUCAAAAAACUGAAUUCACUGAAAAAGAAGGAGAGUCUGCCCUUCACCUUCCUUAAGAAAGAAGAUAACUCCUAUUUCACUUUGGAAUCUGCUGCAAAUCCUGGAUACUUCAUCUUCACCUCCAACGCACCCUGUCAGCCUGUGAGAGUGACAACGAAGAUAGGGCAAGAAAACGUUCAUUCUUCAUUUGAAGGUAUGAACUUGGAUCUUGAGGAAGUAAGAAGCUGAAUAUACAAUGGACAACAGUCAGACCAUGUGUGACAGCAGAACUCGGGCUCACGACCUCCUAACCAUCAGCCCCAAACUGUCAGGACAUGGGCAGAUGUGCCAGCUGCUCUAUCUAUUGACACCAUUGCCAACUUAGCACCAACCAAAGAAAGCCAAGUCUGUGCUCAAACCAAUCACACAGCUUCUCCAUGACAACAACUCCAAAAAGCUUUCCUGCUCCUCUGCUGCCUUUAAACCUCUAUGAAAUACUAGCUAUCAUGGCCAGUCCUUUGCUAUCGCAAGUUCUGAAUAGCCACAGCAUGUUUUUAUUUCAGUAGUUUUACUUAUUUUCCCAGAGAACAGCAAAGAAAAACCUACAUGGAUUUCAUUUUUGGUGCCAUUUGUCCCUUCAAGUAUACGGAGCUUGGCUAUAGAAAGUAAGGUACAGUUAAUAGCAAAGUUCUGGGCUGAAAUUUAUUCCUGGGGAGUGACGAUCUCAGUGUUCAUGGGUUUGCUAUUUUCCUAUUGUCCCAUCUCGCCUGGAUGCUUCUAUAUCCCAAAAUGUAGCCAGGCCAUUACUGGUUAUUUUGUCCAAGAGGGCUGCUAGGAGAGUGCUAGGCUCCUAUAUUAGAAAGGCAGAGCUUUUUUGGAUGGAUUCUAGUGAAGCUGAUCCAGUUUCAGGUACAAACACAAGAGUCUAGAAGUAGAAUCAGGAUUUGUGAGGCAUGGCAAAGUGUGCCAAUGUGAAUCUAUAGUGUGGAAGGUGGGACAGUAGAUGUGAACAGGUGGAAUGAGCCAGUGGUAAAGAAUCUGAUCAGGAGGCUGGCACAGCUGACUUCCAGGAGACUUGAGGUCAGGUAACAAGGCCUGUAUCAUUCUUCUAUGUUUAGAAGAGGGCUUGGCCAAGAAGCUAAGCAAGGUCAGAUGCCAGGCAGGUACUCAUAACCAGAACUUGAGUCCCAGGCACAAAAUGGGCAGGAGGAUGAUUGUGUCGGUUUGGGUUUGAAGGAUUAAUGCAAUAGAUCUGGUGGCUAAUGUCUAGGGUGACCGUUGGCUCUACCCAGAUAUUGUCAACUGCAACUGAGAAAGCCUGACAAUGAUUUGGAGGUCUAAAGGUUGGUGUCUCCUUUUGUUCUGUUGCUGAUCUUUCCCUCUGUAUCCCUGAGAAAGAUACACCCUGUCUGAGUCACCUUAAGAUUAAAUUCCAACCACUUAUCUCACCUCUAAUUAUGCCUUUCUUUUAUUAUCCAGUGAGCUAUACUAUUGCUUUCUAACUAAUGUCUUAGUACUUACAACAUUAGAUUAAUUACAUAUUUCAUUUAUCUACUGACAUAGGGUUCAAAAUGAUAUCAAAAUAAAAAUGACUUGAUAAAUAACAAGAUUUAACAUUUCAGUUGCCCUUUAAAAAAAAAAACUACAUCAGUGAAAAUG